CCCUCUUUCCCUCUCCAUUGUAUUUGUAUAUAAGUAUACAGAACAUACACGCUCACUAGGCCCCCUCAAACUAUCAAAAUGUCCACCAUCUCCUCCCCCCGCCCAUCAAUCACCUCCUCACGCGCCCACUCACCCACUCCAGCAUCCUCCCGCCGACCAUCUCUCGACACCCUCAAUACAAACGUCGGUCCAGGCCUCAGCGCCAGCUCGACCCCCUCCACAGCCCGAGCUGUCUCACCCUCCCUCCAUCCACGCCGCAAUCGCGCCGCCCUCCGCGACUAUUACAACCUCAAACCCUCGGCAGCAGAAACCCCGGGAGCUAGACGAUCCCGUAGCAUCCCCCGGCCCACAGACGCACCAGACACCUCGAAUCCCUCCGUUGUCCAGACCGGAACGGAACUCGAUAGUCCCGAUUUCGAUGCCCAGCGCUAUGUCAAUCAUCUCCUGGCUACGUCGUCGCUGUCAACGGUGUUGAAGGCGGAGAAUACGCUCGUCGGAGAUAUCAAAACGCUUGAUAGUGAGCGCAAGGCGCUGGUCUACGAUAACUAUUCGAAGUUGAUUCGGGCGGUGGAGACCAUUGGGAAGAUGCGGCAGAGUAUGGAUGAUCGCGGGGCGCCGUUGACUAUGACCAAGACGCUGGGGCCGGCCAUUGCUUUUGUGGCGGAGACGGCUGGGGGGUUGAUUCAGGAGGGGGAGGAGCAGAGACGGCGGAUGAAGGAGGCGAAGGCGUCAGAUGAGGUGGAGCGCAAGAAGGCUGAAAAGGAGACGGUGAGGUGGGUGCUUGGGACGCCGGCUCGACUGGAGAAGCUUGUUGCGGAUGGCAGUCGGGAGGAGGCUGAGAGAGAUUGGGAGGAGGUACGGGAGUUGCUUAAGAAGUGGGAGGGUGUGAAAGGUACCCAGGAGCUCCGGGAGGCUUGUGAGAAGAUUAUGGAGAAGAGCGAUGAAGCUUCUUGAAGGAUGGGCUGUGCCACAACCAAUUAUCGCAGUCGGGCUACCUUUGUGGACGCCCGCGAGCUGGCCUCGGGAAGAACACUUUCAGGGCUUGGGCUAUCGACUGUUGACGCUGCUUGGCCUGUUGACAGUCCGGAUACUGCUCGACAAGAGCACACGUUGAUUGGGCAUGGAACAACCUCAUAGGAGCGUCUGGCAACUGCUGGCUCGGGAUAGUUCCUAG